GCACUAAUCCGACAUGACCUCUCACCAGGCAGGAGUCCAGGAGGAAGGCCGCGGUGGGCACAACGAACGUCAUCAGCUGAGGACUCCACACUGGAGCCGCAAUACUAUACAAUAAAAGACAACUUUUCUGACAUAAAACAUCGACUCAUGCGAUGAGUGUUGUCUGCUGUCCAUGGUGCUGAAAGACGGCCAAGCGUAGGUCCGUGUUGGGAUAGAUACAGUAUUGAUGGAGAGACAGAUUAUUUUCACACCACUUCAGAAAGAAAGGAGAGGGAGAGCUGGUGUUCGACAGACAUAGAUGCAUCGCACAGGAGAGAAAGGACGCAGAGAAUCGCAUCAGACAGACAAGAAAUAACUCAAUAAAUAUAGAGUUGAUUUAUCUGCAUCAUUUGACAACCGAGAAACAAGUGCCUUGCCCACUUAAGCAGGCCCUCAGGGGGGGUCUAGAAACGCCGCUGUCUGCACGCAUCUCAUCGCUGACGUCACUCGAGCGGCUCGCUCGCCCUUCUGGACCGUUCGGCAAUCUUCGGCCGCCGCCUCAUUAGCAUUCGGCACUCGGCUUGAGGAGGAGGAGGGUGGAGGAAGAGUAGAGAGGGGGGUGAUGCUGAGAGAGAAGCGCCGCACUCGGAGCAGGAAUCUGCCGCGCUCGGUGCUCCGUCGCUAAGGGUCCUUUGUUCCUCGACUACUGGGGUCGCCCCACUUUUAUUUUUCCCCCCCAACCUUAGUCGUUAAUUGCCGGCUGCACCUAAAAAAAAAAAAAAAAAAAAAAACAACAAAAAAGGAUGCGUGGGAUUUAACGCUUUAAUCGUCCUUCUCUCUCCUGGAAUAUUCCUGCCUCCCCUCCCUGAGUGUGUGUGUAAGGUAGAUGCGGACCGCCGCGGCCAUGCAGCAGAUUGUGCAUUUCUCCGUGUCCUUCCUCCUCGUUUUGUGGGGGUGCGCGCACGGAGGCUCACCCAGCGUCCAAAUCGGGGGUCUCUUCCCGAGAGGCGCCGACCAAGAGUACAGCGCCUUCCGGAUAGGCAUGGUCCAGUUCGGUACGGCUGAGUUCAGGCUCACGCCUCACAUCGACAACCUGGAGGUGGCCAAUAGCUUUGCAGUCACCAAUUGCUUCUGCUCGCAGUUCUCCAGGGGCGUCUACGCCAUUUUCGGAUUCUACGACAAAAAGUCGGUCAACACCAUCGCGUCGUUCUGCGGUACGCUGCACGUGUCCUUCAUCACGCCCAGUUUCCCGCUGGACGGCACCCAGCAGUUCAUCAUCCAGAUGAGGCCCGACAUCAAGGGCCCGCUGCUCAGCCUCAUCGAGUACUACAAGUGGGACAAGUUCGCCUACCUGUACGACAGCGAUCGAGGCCUGACGACGCUUCAGGUGGUCCUGGACACGGCGGCCGAAAGGAAGUGGCAAGUGACGGCCAUCAACGUGGGCAACCUGAAAGAUGAGCGCAAGGACGAAGCGUACCGCUCGCUCUUCCAGGACCUGGAGAACAAGAAAGAGCGCAGGGUGAUCCUGGACUGUGAACAGGACAAAGUCAAAGACAUCAUGGACCAGGUCAUCACCAUUGGCAGGCAUGUUAAAGGCUACCAUUACAUCAUAGCCAAUCUGGGUUUUGUCGACGGUGACCUCUCCAAAAUCCAGUACGGGGGCGCCAACGUGUCGGGCUUCCAGAUCGUGGAUUUCGACGACCCGCUGGUGUCCAAGUUUGACCAGAGAUGGGAGGCCCUGGAGGAGAAAGAGUAUCCCGGAGCAGACAGCAAGAUCAGGUACACGUCGGCGUUGACGUACGACGCGGUUCAGGUGAUGACCGAGGCCUUCCGGUACCUGCACAAGCAACGCAUUGACUUCACCCGGCGGGCCAAUAACGGCGACUGCCUGGCCAACCCCGCCGUUCCCUGGGCUCAGGGAGUUGAGAUCGAGCGAGCGCUGAAGCAGGUGCGCGUAGAGGGCCUGACGGGGAAUAUUCAGUUCGACCAACACGGCAAGCGGGUCAACUACUCAGUCAACAUAAUGGAACUGAAAAACAACGGCCCCGUAAAGAUCGGCUACUGGAACGAAGUUGACAAAAUGGCUGUCACCAAAUCCGACGUCUUUGCCAAUGACUCGACGGGGAUGGAAAACAAAACGGUCAUUGUCACCACCAUCUUAGAAGCUCCUUACGUCAUGCUGAAAAAGAACGCAGAUCUAUUUGAGGACAACGACCGGUACGAGGGCUACUGCGUGGAUCUGGCCGCCGAGAUCGCUAAACACUGUGGCUUCAAAUACCAGCUGAAAAUCGUCGGAGACGGCAGGUACGGAGCCAGGGAUGCUGAGACCAAGAUCUGGAAUGGGAUGGUCGGCGAGCUAGUGUAUGGGAAAGCCGACAUCGCCGUGGCUCCGCUGACCAUCACCCUGGUCCGAGAGGAGGUGAUCGACUUCUCCAAGCCCUUCAUGUCUCUGGGGAUCUCCAUCAUGAUCAAGAAGCCCCAGAAGUCCAAACCCGGUGUCUUCUCCUUCCUGGACCCGCUGGCCUACGAGAUCUGGAUGUGCAUCGUGUUCGCCUACAUUGGCGUCAGCGUGGUGCUCUUCCUGGUCAGCCGCUUCAGCCCGUACGAGUGGCACACCGAGGAGUACGAGGACGGCCAGAUCCAGACCAACGAGUCCACCAACGAGUUUGGCAUAUUCAACAGCCUGUGGUUCUCCCUGGGGGCGUUCAUGCGACAAGGCUGCGACAUUUCGCCAAGGUCUCUGUCCGGGCGCAUCGUGGGCGGCGUGUGGUGGUUCUUCACGCUCAUCAUCAUCUCGUCCUACACGGCCAACCUGGCUGCUUUCCUCACUGUUGAGAGGAUGGUGUCGCCCAUUGAGAGCGCCGAGGACCUUGCCAAGCAGACCGAGAUUGCAUAUGGCACGCUAGACUCAGGCUCCACUAAAGAGUUCUUUAGGCGUUCUAAAAUUGCCCUCUUUGACAAAAUGUGGACGUACAUGCGGAGUGCAGAGCCCUCCGUGUUUGUGAAAAAAACAGCUGAGGGGGUUCUGAGGGUCCGCAAGUCCAAGGGGAAGUACGCCUACUUGCUGGAGUCCACCAUGAACGAGUACAUCGAGCAGCGCAAGCCCUGCGACACCAUGAAGGUGGGAGGCAACCUGGACUCCAAAGGCUACGGGAUCGCCACGCCCAAAGGAUCCUCAUUAAGAACGCCAGUAAACCUUGCGGUAUUGAAACUCAGUGAGCAAGGCGUCUUAGACAAGCUGAAAAACAAAUGGUGGUACGAUAAGGGUGAAUGUGGAGCCAAGGACUCUGGAAGUAAGGAGAAGACCAGCGCCCUCAGCCUGAGCAACGUGGCUGGGGUCUUCUACAUUCUGGUCGGAGGACUCGGCUUGGCCAUGCUGGUGGCCUUGAUCGAGUUCUGUUACAAGUCCCGAGCCGAGGCCAAACGAAUGAAGAUGACUUUCGGGGACGCUAUGAGGAACAAAGCGAGACUUUCGGUCACCGGGAGCACUGGGGAGAAUGGUCGGGUGAUGACUCCGGAGUUCCCGAAGGCCGUCCACGCCGUCCCGUACGUCAGGCCCGACAUGGGCCUCAACGUCAGCCUGACAGACCUGUCCUGAUCCCAGACCAACUUCCGAGUGCCUUACCAUGGUUUCAAAAGAAAGAAAAGAGCGCUUUUGUUCUUUUUUGCCUUCGAAAGAGGUUUGUUUUUUUUCUCCCACAACGCCCCCCCCUCCCAACGCUCUCUACUAUCACUCGCUUCUGUUCUGGCACUUUUUUUCUCAAAUGGGAACGUCGGACAUCACAAAGACUUGGUCGCUGGUCGUUAUUUUCCCCAAUGUUUAAAAAAAAGAAAAAAAAGGCGAUCCCGGAAUAUGUUGGAAUUUUUUUUCUCAUUCCUAAAUGCGCGGAAGCCAUGGCUUGACAGCUGCUUCUCCUAAAUCAUGAACUGUGCGUAGGUGUGUGUGUGUGUGUGUUAAUAUAUCACCACAGCCAAAUCCCAAACAGGAAGCACAUCCGUGUUCUAAAAAUGUGAAAUAGUCCUUUGAAGCAUUUUUUUUUUUUUUUUUUUUUAAGAAAAUCCCAAGAAAAUGCUGAUUUAAAAAAACCCAACUAUUUUUAUGUAUUUUCACAAAAUAGCUUUUAAAGAAACUCGCCUGUUGGAUUUAAACAUGCUAGUGUGCGGAAGAAAGAAAAACAGCAACAGAAAUCAUGUAAUUCAAUUCCUGUAUAUUUUAUUCGUUAACCUUUGGUGUUGAUAUGAACUAUAUGUCAAUGCUUGACCCUUUUGGAAUCUACAUUUUCUUUGACCCCGACCUGCUGUAAUUUUUUCUGCCGCGGACCAGGGUCGUUUGUCGCGCUUUCAGGAGGAAGUGAACCUGUUUACACGCCAUGAAUGCAAAAUACAGUAUAUAGAUAUAUAUAUAUUCAAAAACACACAAAAACAAAAACAAAUGGAAAAGGGCGUUCGAGAGGCAUCAGCAUCUACAACGCAGAAAAAUGUCGAAAUGCCAAAUAAGUGAUGGGUGCCAAAUCCUAGUGCCAGUAGAUGAUGAAUAUAGUCUUAAUAUAAUCAAUCACUGUCAUUUCAGUGAAUGUAAAUGACUUUUGUUUUUUUGUAAACUAUAGAUGUACAGUCGGUGGCGAUGACACAGCUAAUAACGAUAAACAAAUAGCCUUUUUUCGGGGUUGUUUUCCAUGUAUUUUUGCAUCCACCCGACGACGACGUAGCAGCGGUUUCUGCAUGUCGUUUGCCGCCGUUGUGACGUUUUUGGUUUUUCUUUUCUCAUUUUCAUGACUGUCAGAAAAAGACGCGCACACACACAACAGCGUUUACAUUUUAACGUAGAAGUCAUGAAUGACGGUGUUUGAAAUUUUCGGGGGGGGGGGGGG